UGUUUCUGUGCAAUACUGAACGUACAACGCUCGGCUCCGACGAUGACAUCUGUAUGCGUAUUUUUCUUGGCGUUCAUCGCAGCUGUCUCUGCCGGAGUCAGCCGAAGUGACGUUCAUUUCAACAUGGGUGGCAGUAGAAUCGCUUACAGCAUCAAUCACCGUCCGGAUCCCCACGGAGGGCCCAACGCUUUUGUUUCUGUAAGCCGAACAGAGCCCGUCCAUCAUGUCCAAGAGGCUCCAGUCCACGUUCCUGUUCACGUUUCCGCUACUCCUCAUCACGUCCCAGCUCCAAUCCACGUUCCUGUUCACGUUUCCGCUACUCCUCAUCACGUCCCAGCUCCAGUCCAACCAUCCGCUGGCCUCCACACUUCACUUUUGUACGCCGACCAUGGUCUUCACAGCCCGUUAAUGACAUUGCGUCAACCGAAACAUUACUUAGACACUUAUUAUCCUUACUUUUACGCACCUUAUUACCCGCAUGCUGGUCACCCAGGAUUCAUUUUGGUAGCGUGAGUAGCGAUAGCUCCUCGCUCGUCUCAUAAAUAUUGCACGACACCAAAGCAAAUCAUGAAUGUAGCCGAAUAAAAACAGCAUUUUUUUUUUCAA